AACUCAAACAUAUUGCUGUUAUAUUUUAAGUAGCACCAUCAUAGAAUACAUUGCGUUUGAAUAUCUGUAAUUCACGAGAUGGCCAAGAGCAAGAGCAUAUAUGUCUGCCUGGUGUUGUUAUUGUUGCUCACAGCGACGUUUGCUUCUGCUUCUGCUGCUGGAAUAGAAGGGUCUGAGGGAGACAACAAAGCUGUGUGCAGAAAAUGGAGCGCAAGGUAUAUGGGGAUAUGCAUCAAUUCUGAUCAAUGCAACGAGGUUUGCAUUGAUGGGGAACACGCUCUUUUUGGAAAAUGCAAAUGGAGGAAACAUGGACCCGCAUGUUUCUGCUACUUUCACUGUUAGAACAGAACCAAUUCUGUUUCUUAAUCUCACCAACUUGUGUUGUGUCUUCCUUCUAUGAUACGAGAAUAAAACUCCUCCGCUUAUAAGCAGGAAUAUAAAUUUAGGUCAAAAAUAUUGUAACGUUUUUAUCGUGAUUCAAGCAAAUUUUAAUAUACAUAUAUAUUUGUUGUGCACAA